AUGUAUCUGCCUUCAUUUGGGAAGAAUAUAAUCACACGCUUUGGUGUGCCAAAACCAAUGGUGUUUGAUAAUGGACCGCAAUUCGAGACCGACCAUCUUAGGGAUUAUCUGAGUUACCAGGGUAUAGCACAUUGCUUUACUUCGAACAGAUGCCCAAAGGCCAAUGGCCAAGUUGAGGCAUACAACAAAUUAAUCUCUAAUGUCAUCAAGCGGAAUCUUGAGAAAGCAGGUCGCCUAUGGGCUGAUGAGUUGGUCAAUGUGUUAUGGUCCAUUCGAAUGACAACAAAGAGUUCAACAGGGGAGACCCCAUUCUUUUUGGUCUAUGGUGCUGAGGUUGUGCUCCUAAUUGAAAUGUAUGAGCCCACUCUACGAGUGAUGCUAUAUGAUGAAUCGGCCAAUUGGGAGGCCAUGAAGACCGCCCUUGACUUUCUUCCAGAAUCAAGGGGCAAUGCGGCGCUUAGACACGAAAUAUAUCGUCUAAGGAUGACAAGGGAAUAUAAUCGCAAAGUGUCAAAGCGGCCGCUUAAGAUUGGAGACUUGGUCCCAAGAAAAAUGAAAGUGGUAGGCCGAGCAAAAGAGCGGAUGGAAAGCUAA